AUGAAAUCGAAAGGGAAGAGAAGUCGUAAAGAAAUGGAGAGUGAGAAUCCCAAUUCCGACGCUAACGCCGCACUCAUCAACUCAUUCAUCGAAAUCACUUCUUCCACUCAACAAGAAGCACUUUUCUUUCUUGAGAGUCACAAUUUCGACCUAGACGCUGCCGUUUCGACCUUCUUCGAAAACGACAACGCUGCCAUUCCGAAUAUCACUAUAAACGACAACACUGGUAAUACCGUUUCGCCUAAUGAGUCUCUUUCGCCUGAUUUUCAACCUUCUGAAUCUCUGUCGCGGUCUCAGUCGCCGCCAUCCACCCGCGCACUCCGAUCUAGACGGUCUCUUGGGAAGAAACCGUCCGGAAGUCGGCAGAGUGGGAUUCGGACUCUGAGGGAUGUUAAAGGUGAUCAAGAGUCUGGUUCUGGUUCGGAAUCUGAGGAACCGCAGGAGUAUUAUGCUGGUGGUCAGAAGAGUGGUAUGCUUGUCCAAGAUCCUACUAGAGGUGGUCAUACUGUGGAUGAUAUUUUUGACCAGGCUAGACAAGUAGCUGUUGAUGCUCCUACUGAAAAUUCUUCAAGGUCAAGAAGUUUUACUGGAACAGCCAGAUUGCUUUCCGGAGAGGCAUUGCCAUCUGCUCCUCAGCCAGUAGAGUCAAUUACACAUGUGGUUACUUUUUGGAGGAAUGGGUUUUCUGUCAAUGAUGGUCCUUUGCGGAGGUUGGAAGACCCGCAAAAUGCAUCAUUCCUUGAGAGCAUAAAGAAGUCCGAAUGUCCCAAAGAGCUUGAACCAGCUGAUCAGCAAAUACCUGUUCGUCUCAGCCUCACAAGGCGGGAUGAAAACUACCCGGAAUCGGUGAAGCCAAGGAAUACUCCUUUUCGGGGGGUUGGAAGAACUUUAGGUGACCGCAGCUCAAGUGGUGAAGCUGCCAGCGAGCCUAUUCAAACUGCUGCUAGCGCUUCCUCAUUUACUGUUCCGGUGCCAACAAUGGGUCUAGUUGUAGAUGAGUCCCAACCAGUGACAUCAAUCCAGCUAAGGUUAGCUGAUGGUACAAGAAUGGUUUCUCGCUUCAAUCACCGCCACACAAUCAGAGAUGUUCGAGCAUUCAUUGAUGCAUCAAGAACUGGUGGGGCAAGAAGUUACCAACUGCAGACAAUGGGUUUUCCUCCCAAACAACUUACUGAUUUGGACCAGACUAUAGAGCAAGCUGGUAUAGCCAAUUCAGUUGUUAUCCAAAAGUUAUAG